AUGACAUUUGAUCAACAACGCCAAUGGGAAAACUUCGAUUCAGCCGAAAAAAAUAACGGAAGUUCCAGCCAGGAAAAGGGUCUCGGUGCAACAGUAGUUGGAGGCGCGGGAGGCGCUUUUCUUGGGCACAAGGUUGGGAAAAAGUCAGACCACGGUACCCUAGGAGCAAUUGGUGGUGCUUUGGCAGGAGCAGUCGUGGCAAACAUGGCUAGCAAUGUUGUUAAAGGGCACCAUGGAGGUCAUGGAUCCGCGCGUGAUCGUCGUCGCGAAAGGUUAGAAAGAAAGAUUGACAGACUCGGCUAG